UUUUUAUUCUUUUCCCUCUUUCAUCUUUUUAUAUUAUUGCUGUUUUUUUGUUUCUUUUUGUUCUUUUUUUAUUCUAGAAUAAUCAUUAAGAAGAAACAAUGGCUGGACUAAUACCUUCGGAUGGGGUCCCAGCCGCUAAUAUAGCAAAUGCUACAAAAGAUGAAAUAAUUCAAGAGUCGAAUGAUUUACAUCAAGCUGUUCAUACAGCCUUAGAAAACGAAAAUGGCGCUCCAGUCCAUACAUUUGACCCUGACAUGUCUGCCCAAAACAAAAAAGCCGAAGCGAUGAAAGAUGUGCCUGUGCCAAAAAUCAUGGAUCUUAAAUCGCCACUUGCCACAGAUAUUGGUUCCACAGAUAACCAAAAAGUGGCCGAAGCUUUUGCCGAUCCAUCUACAAAUGCUAAGUCCAUGUCCAGCAGUACUAAAAAGACACCUGGUAGUUUUGUUGAGGAUCCUAUCAAAGCUGGUAUCCCGGAUUGGUACAACGUCGGAUGGACUGCCUUUUCUAAUCUCCCCAACCCAGGCGAUGAAAAAGCAAUGGCGGAAUUCUCAAAGACACUGACUGAAGAGCAGAUAAAAGACAAGUACUACAACUCGCGUUCGUCGAAUGGCGAGGUGGAUGAUUUUAUUGCUCAGUUUAUUUCUGAAAAAUAUUAUGGCGAAUGGUAUCAUAACUGCGGUGUUGUUUUCGUCGCCAUCUUCUUUACAUGGUUGCUGAUCAAGUUAAGGUUGGGAUUAAUGUCCUGUUUGAUUGUAGGGGCCUUUUUUGCUACAUACUAUCGUACGUCAAUUAAGCGUACAAGACGUAAUGCGCGCGAUGAUAUGUCUCGCCAAGUAAGCUUAACUCGUCUCGAUACCGAUAUCGAAACGGUGGGCUGGAUGAACCUCUUUUUAAGUCGAUUUUGGUUGAUUUUCGAACCUGUUUUAUCUGCUCAAAUCAUUGGCCAAGUCGAUACUGUUUUGGCAGAGAAUACCCCUUCAUUUUUGGAUUCAAUUCGUAUGAGUUCCUUCACUCUUGGUACUAAAGCUCCUAGCGUGGAUGGUAUCAAGGUUUAUCCUGGUUCUGCUCCCGACAUUGUUUGUAUGGAUUGGAAGUUUUCUUUUAUUCCCAACGAUGUUCUUGAUAUGACAAAAAGAGAAGCUGAUAACAAAGUGAAUCCUAAAAUCGUACUUACGAUCCGUGUUGGUAAGGGUAUGAUUGGUGCUGGUAUGCCUGUCUUACUCGAAGAUAUUGCCUUCAGUGGCACUAUGAGAAUCAAGCUUAAAUUGUUCAAUGAAAUGCCUCACGUUAAAACAUGUGAGCUGUCAUUCUUGGAAAAACCUCAUUUCGAUUAUGUUCUUAAGCCCGUUGGUGGUGACACCUUUGGCUUUGAUAUUAACAAUAUUCCUGGAUUACAAACAUUUAUUCAAGAUCAAGUUCAUGCUAAUCUUGGACCCAUGAUGUAUGCUCCCAACGUCUUUACUUUGGAUGUGGCUGCCAUGAUGGCUGGCGGUGCUGAUUUGGAUUCGGCCAACGGUGUGCUCGCUGUCACGAUUUACUCUGCCCAUGGCCUCAAGGCCAAUGAUCUUUUCGGCUCCCUUGAUCCUUACUGCUGUUUCAAGGUCGGUGACAUUAACAACCCUGAAUUAGGCCGCACAACUGCCAUUGAAAAUUCGCAAAACCCUAAAUGGAAUGAAACCCACUUUGUGUUACUCAACAACCUCAAUGAUAUGCUUUGCUUUCAAGUCAUGGAUCGCAAUUCGGGUCGUAACGAUGCUGAAAUCGGUGUGGCCAACUUGGCAUUAAAGGAUGUGGAGGAGGCUCAGAAUGCGAUUGAAGGAUUGAACUUGGUGGUGCUUCGAAGCGGUAAGCCUGUGGGUGAAAUCAAGGCGGAUGUACGUUAUUUCCCGGCUUCCAAGCCUGAAAAGAAGGAAGACGGUACCGUGAUCCCUGCGGUGGAAUCGAACAGCGGGAUUGUUCGCUUCAGCGUUUUGGAUUGUAAGGAUGUCGGUGGUGCUGUUACCCAAAAGAAGGGCGGUAUUCCUCUCGUGGGUGGUUUACCCAUUGUGGGUGGUAUCCCAAUUAUUGGAUCAAAUGGUGGCGACGUGAAUGCCUAUGCUAUUGUCAAAGUCAAUGGACAGGAGAAGCUUAGAACAAAUGUUUUCAAGCGUAGUAUCAAUCCUCGCUGGAAUAAAUUUGUCGAGGUUUUUGUUGCUGACAAAGCCAAUAUGAACCUGGAUGUGACGAUUAUGAACUCUGUGGAUUUCGGGGAUGACACUGUUUUAGGAAGAUGGUCAUCCAGUUUGAUGGAUAUGGAAAACCAAUUGGUAAAGGACAAGAACGACUGGUGGAGUAUUAAGGACGGUACUGGCAAGAUUCAUUUGAAUAUGAUUUGGAAACCUGUGCCCUUGACUGGAUUCUCUGCUGGAUUGACGCGUGGUAGCUACCGACAUCCUAUCGGUGUUGUGCGUGUGAAAUUGAACAAUGCCAAGAACAUUAAGAAUGUUGAAGUAUUAACCGGUGGCAAAUCUGACCCUUAUGUACGUGUGAUGUCGGGUUUACAGUCUCGUGGUCGAACUGAAGCUAUUUUGGAUAAUCUUAAUCCCGUUUGGGACACCGCCAUUUAUGUGCCUAUUCAUUCUGUCCGUGAGGAUCUGAUGUUAGAGGUGAUGGAUUGGAACGAUAUCUCGGAUGAUAAAUUUUUGGGCAUGUGCGAUCUUCUUAUUAAGGAUAUUGCUGUUGAAAAGAAAACGGAUGAUGGCGAAACUGUUUACGAAAGCCUUGCUGGCGUUAGUAGAACUGCUGAACUUAUGAAUCAUGAAAGAAAGACAGGUAGAGGUCAAUUAAAUUACGAAGCGUCAUUUUUCCCCACCCUUGCAUUGGCACAUCAAGCUACCAAGGAGGAAUCGGAAGCCAAGGAAAAGGCCGCUGCUACUGCUGCAGCAGCCGCUGCUACUACUAAAGAUACUAAGAAGAAGGAAGAAACUCCUAUUGCUGUAUCUGAACCUGUUACACCUACCGGUCCUCCUUUGGUCGAUCUCCACGGCGAAUCGAUUCACUACACAGAGGAUAAACGAAUUGACCUUCUUUCCUACGAAUCGGGUGUCUUGUCUGUCAAGAUUCAUGAGGUUGUUUUACCCAAGAGCGCUAAAGCAGUUGCUGAGAUCUUGGUCGACUCCAACGAUGCACAAUUCCGUACGAGUGAUAUUAAGGGAACAAAAUUGGCUUUCCAUGAAUCCGGUGAUGCUUUUGUGAGAGAGAUGGAUCUCUCUCGCAUUAUUGUUCGUGUCAGAGAUGCUAAGGAUGACAAUGAGGAGAAUCGCAUUGGUUUCUGGACUAGUCGUGUGCAAGAUAUUGUGAAAGCUAUUCAGGACCGUCCUGCUCCCCAAGAAGAAAAGGAAGCUACGGAUGUUGUUCAAGAAUAUAAGCUUUUGGAUUGCGCAGGUGGCACGAUUCGUUUAAGCUUCAAGUUUACUCCUGUUGUUCAAUUCAAGUUAGACCCUAGUGAAAGUUUAGAAAAUCAAGGUAAUUUGACAGUUACCGCCCUUUCUGCAUCUGGUUUAAGAGCUGCCGACAAAUCUGGCACGAGUGACCCCUACUGUGUUUUUAGUGUCAAUGACGAAAAGGUCUAUAAGACCGAAACCUACAAGAAACAAUUAGCCCCUACUUUUAAAAACGAAACUUUUGUUGCAUCUAUCUCUCGUCGUAAUAUUGCUAAAUUCUACGUCAAGAUUUUUGAUUGGGACCAAUUUGGCGAGAACGAAUUAUUGGCUGAAGGUCCUAUCCCUAUUGCUGAUCUGGAAUCAUUUGCUGCAAGUGAAGUGAAUGUACCCCUUCGUGGUGGUGGUAACAUUUUAUUGCGCUUGAAAUGGGAACCCCAAUUGCUUGCCCGUAAACGUGAAGGCACUUCUCUCCUCGGUUCCACCACACGUAUCUUGACGGGUGGUACUGGUCUGGCUGGUGAUAUGGUUGGAAUGGGUGUCGGUGCUGGUGGUAAGGUAAUUACCGGUGGCAGCAGAGCUGUUACAGGUGCUGUCGGUGGUGGUGCAAAGAUCGUAGGCGGUGCUAUCGGUGGUGGUAUCGGUGCCAUCGGUGGUGGCAUUGGUGCUAUUGGUCGUGGAUUUGGUAAGAUUGGUGGAAAUAACAAGAAGCCCUCAGUUGAUAUGACCUCAUCUGCUAUUGCUCCUCCUUCUGUUCCUUCUUCCCCUACUACAUCUUCUGUGCCUCCCAUGCCUCCUAUGCCUCCUGUCCCUAACUCUAGUGUAAGCACUGAUAGAGCUAGCCGACAAAGCGUCGUAAGCAAUUCCGUAUUAUCUUCCAAUGAUUCUCUUUAUCGUACAAAAUCUAUCUUUGAAGAUAGAGGCAAAAAUGCGACUAUUAAGUUCAGUGUUGUUGGGGCAAGAGGUUUGAAGUCAACCAAGCGUGAUAAGUUAUGUGAUUCUUACGUUCGUAUUCGCCAUGGAAAGAACACGAUUCAUAAAACAAAACAAUGCAAGAAAACCUGCGAGCCUGAAUGGAAUGAGACAUUUGUUACAAAGGUCUUUGGAACGACUGUACUCGAUUUAGUAGUGAGAGAACAUAAUACUUUAACUGAUCAUGAUAUCGGUGAAGCUUCAUUCCAAGUAGCAGAAUACGUUGAUGAAGGUAAAUCCUUUGAUGGAUGGCUUCCUCUUGUGCCUUCUGGAAGUGGUGAGAUUCAUAUUCGGGUCGAAGUUGUAACAAAGUAAAAGACAUAGUUUCAUAGACAUACUACAUCUAAUAUAUAAUAAUAAUAUCAUCAUCAAACAUAAUAAACUGAUUAAUUAACAUGUGCGUACUAGAAGCUACAUUAAUAUUUUUUUGUUAAUGCCCAU